AUGAGUGAAAUAAGCGUAAAAGUCAUAGAGAAUGAUAUAUCUGCAAUAUCAUUAUUGAAUAAGGAGCAAAAAGCAGCAUUUAAUUUGAUUAUUGAAGCUGUCUUUGUGAAAAGUAAGGGCUGCUUUUUCGUUGAUGGCUCUGGGGGAACAGGGAAAACAUUUCUAUAUAGAGCAUUAUUAGCGGAAGUAAGGUCAAAAGGAUACAUAGCAUUAGCCACUGCUUCAUGUGGAGUUGCAGCAGCUAUACUUCUAGGAGGUCGAACUGCACAUUCCCGUUUCAAAAUCCCGCUAGACAUGAACCCAAAUAAGAUGUGCAAAGUGAGUAAACAAAGUUCAUUAGUAAAGUUACUGCAACGAGCAAAAUUAAUAAUUUGGGAUGAAGCACCGAUGACACAUAAAGCUAGAAUUGAGGGAGUUGAUAAAUUAUUCAGGGAUCUAAUGGACAGCUCUGAGAUAUUUGGAUCAAAGGUCAUUAUUUUUGGAGAAGAUUUCAGACAAGUAUUGCCAGUUGUUUUUAGAGGGUCAAAAGCUGAUUUUGUUCAGUCUAGUUUAACAAUAUCUUAUAUCUGGCCCGAACUCCAAAAGAUACAACUGAAAGAAAUUAUGAGAGCAAAAUCGGACCCCAAUUUUACAGAAUAUCUUCUUCGUAUCGGCAAUGGAACUGAACUAGUUAUAUAUGAUGAAAAUGUUGAGAUACCUGCAAAAAUGCUUAUCAGAUAUACCACUGAAGAAGAAUCUUUAACUGCUCUAAUCAACACAGUCUGUGACACAUGCUUUGAUCCUUCUCAACAAGCCAUUCUGGAAGAUUUCAUAAACAGCCUCAUGCCUAAUGGUUUACCUCCACAUCGAUUAACUCUAAAGCAAAAUACACCAAUUAUGCUGCUUCGAAACAUUGAUCCACCUGAGGGACUAUGUAAUGGCACUAGACUUUUAUGUAGAUCAUUAAAAUCUAAUGUAAUAGAUGCUAUUAUAAGCUCAGGUGAAUUCAGUGGAAAACAAGUCUUUCUCCAUAGGAUUUGCUUUAGAGUUGAAGAUGAUCCAAAUUAUCCAAUCUCUUCUGAAAGGAUACAAUUUCCUGUAAGGCUUUGUUUUGCAAUGACUAUCAACAAAGCUCAGGGACAAACUUUAAACUUUGUUGGUAUUUAUCUUUGUGAGCCUGUAUUUUCACAUGGCCAGCUUUAUGUUGCUAUUUCAAGAGCUAAAAAUAGCAAUUUUGUCAAGAUCCUUAUACGACCUCCUAUACAUGAUAUUACCUUGGACAAUUUGACUGCAAAUAUAGUCUACCAAGAAGUUUUGCACUUAGCUAAUGCAUAG